AUAAACUACCCCCCACCCCCUCCCUCCCACAACUCCAAAGCAAGGAGCAAGCUAGAGGGAUAUAGAUAAGUGUUAAAGAUCAGGUGAUCACCUGAGAACCUGGAGAGAGAGAAGGCAUUCAGCAUGACAGGGCUGGUGAAGAAGCUUUUGUUCUGCGGUGCCAAGAGCUUUCCGACGACGGAGCUCCCGGAAGGACACAUCUGGGUGUGCGUUGGAACCGACGAGAAGGCGCAGAGGUUCGAGCUGGACGCGAAUUACCUCAACCAUCCACUGUUUGAAGACCUGCUCAGGUUGUCGGUGCCGGAGUUCGGGUAUUCGUAUGAGGGAGCGCUCCGCAUCGCAUGCGAGACCGACCUCUUCCUCCACCUCCUCAAUCUUCUUAGAAGCAGCAAUCCCUCUGUUCACUAUAUGGAGCUUCAGGAUCUCAUGGAGAGGUUCUAUGCAUCAGCUGAAGCCAGUGGGCAGCAUGAAGAGCCUCACCAACACCAUCACCACUGUUCUUGCUAGUUCCAUCCUCAUUUUUUCCGGCAUUGAACGAUGAGGAAAAUAGGAAAUGAGAACUGGAUUUCCAAAGGCCAUAAAGGGUCUUUGUUUGUUAUUUUUUGUAUAGAAAGAUACUUGUUAUUCUUCUUCAACCCUUCCUUGAUGGGAUUUAAGGUUGUAACUUUAAUUUCAGAUCAGUUAUCCUCCUAGAUUGGAAGAGAUAUGGAAAAGAAUUUUGUAAAAAAAUUUUGAAAAUUCUCUGAAGUCCAUCUGGUUUUCUCAACCAGUUCUGUUGCUCUAAA